GCGAGCUCGCGAGUCGCGACUCGCGACUUGCCCACUGCGCCUCCUCUUCCCAGGCGUUGAAGCGCCGCCGCCCCGCGCCCGGCCUCCGGCCUCCGCACCUUCGCGCCCCCUUCCUGCUAUCCGGCUGCACCUCCUCCGCCGGCGCCGGCCUUUUCUGUCUUGCUCCCUGCCCUCCCUCGCGGCCCCGCCUCGGAGUACCAAGGAGCCGCCGGACGGGUGGAGCUAGGGAUUCAGCCCAAAAUUGCUGCGGGCAGGGCGCCGGACUACCCCAGGUUUGAAUACUGGUUCCGCCACUGGCCAUGGCUGCGCCGAAGAUCAAAUCCACCGCGCUAUCCAUCACCCACAAGUGCCGGAACAUCUUGGGCGCCGGUUGGGAAGCACACCUCAACACUAUCAAGGCCGACGCCAAGGGAAGCAAGGAGGAGAUUUACACGUCGAGGGUGCACUACAUGAUCCAGAAGGGCACGCCCUACUUGAUCGUCCCUGAGAAUGACAUGCACAACAUUAACAUUGUAAUCGACGAGCGGGGUUCUCUUGCGGUGUCCAGUCCGAUACGGGGUCGGGUUGCGAGUUUGCUGAAGUCACUGAAUAAGAUGCCUCCUCGUGUUGCUAUGACUGGUGAUGUUCUGCGCCUGAAAGACUCAAAGGUUCCAAUUAUCGUCGAUAGCCUAAAGAAAGCUAUUAUGAAGGAACAUGAAGCUUCUAGUGCAGCUAGUCAUGGAGUGACUGCAAUACUGUCUUCUGCGGGUGCUACCUGCAGAUCACGGAGUGAGGGCCUCCUUAGUAUACUCAAUGACGACAGCUCUUACAGCAUCUUCAAAUUUGACAUUGGUUCAUGUGUCUACAUAGAUUCCUCUGGGAGCAACCAUAAUAUUGAGUUAGACAGCUUCGAACCACCAAAACCAGAUCUACUAAUGCCCUUCUCUGCGAAGCUUAUUGAUGGUAUCAACCGAAGUGACUCGAGAAGGAGAGCACUAAUACUUUUCUGUUUUGAGUAUUUUAAUGUGUUGGCAAGAAACGCAGUCAUGCUUUCCAUUGACCACCAUGGUUUUGAUGUGCUCGCCAAAGUCCCUGAAAGAGCCAGCCUGGGCAAUGUCCCUCAUCAAUACCACUGGAAGGAGUUCAGGUUCACAUUCAAGGAACCAGCCAAGGAUGCUGAGGACUUCUGCCGCACACUGGUUAAGUUAGAGGAAGAAGUUCUGGCGAGCGUGAAGAGCUAUAGCGGUUUAGGGUGACAGCCCACUAGCAAAUAGCAAUAAUCCGAAUCAGUGAGGAACAAAUAUUUCAGAUUCCUGUACUCAUCUUUUAUGUUUUGUAGCGGUAGAUGGUGACAGCCCCUACUUUGUGACAUUCUGAAUCAGUGAGGAACAAAGAUCAAAUACUCAAAUUCCUGUAUUCAUUUUUUAUGGAUGGAGGUAUUGUUUGAGUUGGUAUA